AUGGUGGUGGAGGUGGACGAGGAAGAGCUUAGGGAGGAGUGGACCGCUAGGGGGCUGAGCCCGGAGGCCUUUGACCCCCUCCUGCUGCUGCAGAUGUGGGAAGAGGAGGAGGAGGAUGGCGGCGCAGAGGGUGAGGACGGGAACGAAGCCGAAAGGGAGGCCAUCGACGCCAUGAUGGCAGCCGCCGCCGCAACGGCCGCCGCGCCCACCGAAGCAGCAGCGGCGGGAUCUGCCAUAGCAGCGGCGGGGGACGAGAGUGUGGGUGCGCCGCCGCACGGGAGGGCAAGAAGAAGAAUGGCGAAGGAACGAAAGGGUUUCGGGGGUAUGGACGGCGGCGAGGUUGACGAUGACGGUGUGGAUGUGGAUGCUGUGAUGGAGGCAGCAGCAGCCGCCGCCGCCGCUGCUUCGACGGUUUUGCCCCGGUUAGAUCAGCGGGAGGACGCUGGAAUCGAGCAGCCGGGCGGCGGGGCGAGCCUCAUCGGGGACGAGGCGUUGUUGCCGUCCAGCCGGCCUGGGGGGGCAGGGGGGGGUGCUGUGUCCUUGGAGGGCAGAGCGGUCGGCAUCGAUCUUGGCACAACGAACUCCGCGGUGGCGGUCAUCGUCGACGGGCAGCCGGUCAUGGUCCCCAACUCUCGCGGAGAAGAAGGCGGCCAACGACCGCUUCCUCGGACGACCCCGACUACGACUACGCGGCCACCGGCGGCGGCAGCAGCGAACAGGGCGAAGGAGGCGGUACCCCAAGGACACGAAGAGGGGCCGGUAAAACAAAGCGGCAUGGCCGGCGGCGGCGGCGGCGGCGGCGGGGGGGGGGGGGGGGGGGGAUUGUCCCGCAUUUUUGUCGGGGAGGCGGCCGCGGCUAGGAUAGCGACGGACCCGAAGAACACGUACUCUUCCGUGAAGCGGAUCGUGGGGAGGACCAAGAAGGAGGCCAAGGAGGCCGGGGUGGGGCUGGGGGCUCUGAAUGUGGACCAGAGCCAACAAUACCUGAGGCUCAAGUGCCCGGCCAUCGGGGCCGGAGCCACGAUACCCCCGGAGGAACUUUCGGCCGAAAUUCUGAGAGCGCUGAUCCGAGACGCGGAGCGGUUCAUAGGUGGCGGGGUCGUCGUCAAGCGAGCCGUGGUUACGGUCCCCGCCUACUUCAACCCGAUCCAGUGCGCGGCGACCGAACGCGCGGCGACAUUGGCUGGGCUGGACAAGGUCAAGCUCAUGCGGGAGCCGGAGGCCGCGGCCCUCGCUUACGGUCUUGACAAGGGCGGUGACGAGCUUAUCCUGGUGUUCGAUCUGGGCGGCGGCACGUUCGACGUGUCGGUGCUCGAGGUGGGCGGGGGCAUCGCGGAAGUGAUCGCCACCGCGGGGGAUAGCCAGCUCGGGGGAGACGACUUCGACCAGGCGAUUACGGAGUGGCUCUUCGACGAGAUCACCAGCCUUGGAGGCGGAGACCCCCGGUCAAGCCCCGUGGCCACCAGGCGGCUGAUCGAGAAAGCCAGGGCGGCGAGGGAGAGGCUCUCCAACGCGUCGGAGACGGAGGUGGAGGUGACCUUCGCCAACGGCCAGGGGGGCUCCGUGACUCUCACUAGAGCAAAAAUGGAGUCGUUGAUCAUGGAGCCGCUGAAGCGUGUCAUGGCGCCGAUGAGGGAAGUGGCCAUAAUGGCCGACAUCAGCCUCCCGGCAGACACGGGAGCCUUCAUGGACUACGACUUAGAGGAUUCGAGGGAGUUGCGCGAAGGCGUUAGCAGUGGCGGGGGCGAGGCUGCGGAACGACAGGGGGGAAGCCUCCGGAAACUCCGCAAAGAGCAGGCGAAAGCGAGAAAAAAGGCCAGGUCCCAGUCCAAGUCUCUGAGGAAGCAGGUGUCUUCGAUGGCCGAGGUUGCUCGGAGCAUGGACGGGAGCGCGAAGCUGAGGCGUUUUCCUCAAGGGGGGCGGAUGGUUGACAAGGUCGUUCUUGUCGGGGGUGCAACAAGGAUGCCCUGCGUACAGAGGUUGGUGGGUGGCAUCACCGGGGUGAAGCCGAAGAGGACGGUGGACCCCGACCGCGCGGUGGCCCUGGGCGCGGCCGCGUUCGCGGGGAUCCUCGAGGGCGAGGUGGAGGGCCAAGAGGUGAUGACGUCCUGGCAGGCUUCCGUCUACCGCAUGAUGGCGAGGAACGGCAUGAUGGAGUGAGUGACGCACAACGUCGUCUGCCGCAUGAUGGCGAAAAUCGGCAUGAUGGAGUGAACGACGUACACAACACCCCCGCGGCUUCAACUUACACCGCAUGGGUC